ACUCUUAUUUUAUUUUAUACACUUUUUGAGGCAAGCAGCUAUACAUGGGUUUGUGUAUGUGAAUGUGAAGGUUCCUAGGGGGUUUAGUUGCUGGUAUAAACAAAAGGGAAAGUCUUGGGUGAAUGGUAAAAGGGAGCUUGUUGAUGGUGAGGUGAAUGGUUUCCUAGAGUCGGUGAACAAAGAGGGGGCAUGUGAGAUGUAUGUUACCAGUCAUGAGCCAAUUGAAGGGACUAACAAAACACCCUUCAAAUGUAUAUCUGGGAAUGAGCUAACCCCUGCACAAAGGAAGGAACUGAAAAAGAGGUUUGGUGGGCCUAAAGUAUACAAACCCAGCCCAGAACUUAGUAAGCCCACUGAAGAAGAGCCAUUUAGGAGAAGCCCUAGGUUAAAAGGCAUUGUUAUACAUGACAGAGAGGCUGAGGAGAGGCUUCCUAGGGCAGAGAAAGUGAAUGCUAAUACACAUAAAGGGAAGGGUAAACUCACUGCUGCAGAUAAGGGUAAGGCUAAGGUUGGGGAUGAGACUGGAAAUUUUGCUAAUUUAGUGGGAAAAAUAAAAGAAAGAGUGAGGAGCUUAAGGGAUGACAGUGAUGUGUUUAGUGAUGAGGAUGGUGAUACAGAGUCUUCUGAUUCUGAGUUGAGUGAUUUUGAGUUAGAAGUUGAUGAGGGAGAGGAGGACUUAUACUCUGAUGAUGAUGAACAGUGGUUGAAGAAAAAUGUAGACCAUAUUAACAGUGAGGUGAAAGGCAGUUUGAGGGGAGUUACUGAAGGAGGGGAUCAAAGUGAUGAUGAGGACACAAGGUUUGACAUAGAAAGAAAUCUACAGAAAAUUGAAGUGAGGGUUGAAGAGGAGGCAACUUGUGAUUCUGAUGAGCUAAAGAGUGUGGAAGGUGAUUCAGAUGAUGAUCAGGGUAGUGUUACUUGGUUUAACCCUGAGACAGACUUUGAAAGGGCUAUCAAAUUUGUAGUUGGUCAAAGGUUCAGUGAUGUGCAAACAAUGAGAAAAGCUUUGAGACAACAUGCAAUUGAAAAUAGGUAUGAGUAUUACCUUCUUCACAAUGAUUCAAAGAGGCUAACAACAUAUUGAAAAAGGAAAUGCAAGUGUGUGUAUAACAAGAACAGUUGUAGGAUAGUGAAGUGUACAUGUAGUAAGGGUGUUAGGUGUAGGUUCAAGUUUUAUGCAACAAGGCUUGUGAAAUCAGAGGCUUGGCAAAUUAAGACACUAAGGCUGAAGCAUAGGUGUGUUAGGAGUAAAAUGAACAACAAGGUGACAGCAGAGUUCCUUGCUGACAGGUACUUGGAGGAGUUCAGGGGCAACCCCAGAUGGAAGAUUAAACAGAUUCAGGACAGGGCCUUGAAUGACUUGGGGAUCAAAAUUACAUACUCCAAGGCUUGGUUGGCUAGAAGCAGGGCAAAGCUUAUAAUAUAUGGCUCUUCAUCAGAGCAAUACUCAAAGGUUUGGGACUAUGGGAAGGCACUGCUGAAAUGGAACCCAGGGAGUGAGUGUAAUGUGGUGGUGGAUGAUAUUAAUCAAAUUGAAAGACCAAUUUUUAUGAGGAUGUUUGUGUGCUUAGCUGCACUUAGGGAUGGAUUCAUUUCUGGUUGCAGACCAGUAAUUGGGGUGGAUGGGUGCCAUCUAAAAGGGGCAUACCCUGGGCAGAUCUUGGUUGCAGUUGGAAAAGAUGGCAAUAAUUCCAUCUUCCCAAUUGCUUGGGCAACUGCAGAGAUUGAGAACAAGGACAGCUGGUGCUGGUUUCUGGAGAGCUUGCUCAAGGCACUUUGUGUGUAUGACCAAGGAGAUGGCUUGACUUUUAUGUCUGACAGACAGAAAGGUCUCAUAGAAGCAUUUGCAGAUGUGGCCCCCAAAGCUGAGCUCAGAUUUUGUGUGAGGCAUAUUGGUCAAAUUUCAAACUAAAAUUUCAUGGUGCAACUUUCAAGGAAUUGUUCUGGGCUGCUGCUAGGGCAAGCACUCUGUUUGAGUUUGAAGUUGCUAUGGAAAGUAUCAAUUUUUUGGAUGAAGAAGCAUACCAGUGGUUGUCAAACAUUGACCCCCAGCACUGGUCAAGGCAUGCUUUCUCUACAAACUGCAAGUCUAACAUGUUGUUAAAC